CUUGCAUCUGCGUCUACACUCCAUAACGUCCUAUCGGCCCCUCUCAUCACAUCGCCUGAUCUGUGAACUCGUCACCGCUACCCCCAACUCGAUCUGCUCUUUACUACACAAAGUGUAUAAGUAGCUGGACACCGCCAACUUUUUAUCACAUCAAACCACAAUUGCCAAUCCCAUCUAUCACAAUGCCUAGAAUCACCGCUUCCGUUUCCAAGGUCACUCGCACUCUGACCGAGUCGCAUCGCCAUGCCGGUGUCGCUCUCAUGCCCAAGUAUGCUGAGCUCCUUGGUUCCUCUUCAGAACAGUCUGAGUCUCGUGGUCUCAAGACUACCCACCGUCCCACUCCUCAGCCAUCCAUCGCUGGUCGCACACGGCCUUUGAUGCAGUCCUUCAGCUCUUCGGCAUCUUCUCGUGCUCCCGUCAACCACGUUGACACCAUGGUGCUGCCCAAGAUUUACGCUACUCCCAGCCACAACGAGCCUCUUCCUCGUAUGCCACUUCUUCCUGACAACUACGGCUCUUACCACAACUCCAUGUCUGAUGCCACCGACUUGUCCACUGGCCACCGACCCAUCAUCUUCGCCAUCAACCCUGAUAUUGUCGUUCCCGGUGCACCCCUCGCAAACAUGGAUGCCACCAACAUGGACAGCAUUGACGUGAAGUUUGUUCACGACCAGCCCAAGAUCUCUACUGCUGCCGCUGGCGAGCAAUACAACCCUGAGCGAAGCACAUUUAUGAUCGACAUGUAUCGCAGUAUGAAGGAAGAUCUUCUUAGUGUUGCACCUCAGCUUAAAAGAAACUAAGAGUUCUGGGAUAAAAGCAUGGAAAGAAAGAGCAGGAGUUUACUACAGUCUCGACAAAGAGAGCUGCAAAUCUAUUAAGCGUUGUAAUUUGUUUUCGCGGAACGGGGUGCGAUCGCAUCAACUAAUGGCCCUAUUGUAAGUGGCUGGCGUGGCUCGAGGCCAUUCAUUUUUAUACUACGAUACACAAGAUCAUAUGAAAGCCCAAGUGGCAGACUCGAAUGAAUACAAGUCUUUUGUUCUUU